CCUUUUUUUCUCAUCCCUUUCCUGCUUUUCCUACCUUUUUUUAUACAUCUUUUUUUAUCCUUCCCCCUGCCCCUGCUAUUCAUUUCUUCCACUUUAUUGUCCAAGUGGGGCCGCUUCCGGCACAGACCCGCAACGAACCGCGACCGACUCGACCGACUCAAAAACGCCCACAAUGGACAGAACAAACGCAUACCCGGCAGGGCCCCAUCAUCGCCAUCAAUCUUCCCUCCAAGGCGUGCUGCACGCCGGGACGCCCGUCAUGGACGAAAACACGCGUGCUCAAGCCAAGACCCGCAUGCGCCACGUUCUCCAGCAUUGCGAGGAGGCUUCGGCAAGCCAGCAGCUGCCGCGGCAGGACUACAACCGUCCCGCCCUCGUGCGGCUCACCCACGAGUACGCGCGGUCGGACGAAAGCCUUUUCUUAUCGAGCUUCUUCGGACAUCUGGAGCUCCCUCUCGAGGGCGGCGUUACCGAUCCGGACGUCGAUUUCAACGAUCCCGAGGUGAAGGCGCGCCUUUACGAGUCGGUGGACGCCUUUGCAGAGUACCUCAUGGACAACUUCUUUGUCCCGCUGAAGAGCGCCUCGAACAAGACUCCCCAGCCAUCCCCCAUAACCCAUUCUGCUGUUCAAAGGGCCCAAGGCUCCGCCGCCUUGCCCCAAUCUGUCGCCGGCACGCCGGACCGCAUUUCGGCUCUCCGCGGCACCUGCCUCGUCCGCGAUCGCCACCGCUGUGUAAUCUCACGCAAAUUCGAUACCAACGAGGGCCAGCGGCGUUAUCGGACCGCGCAAGCAGGAAUCGUUAGGGACGAUGACGGCCUUCCGAUCGGGGCGCAUGACUUUCGGCAUUUGGAGGUUGCCCAUAUCCUGCCGCAUUCACUGGUCAAGGCUCCUAUAGAUUCCCUGUUGGACCCGGCUAGAAAAAUCACCCUGGAUAUUCUGAAUAUGUUUGAUGUGGGAGUUGUGCACCUGAUUGAAGGCGCUGAAAUCGACCGUCCAUACAACGCUAUUACUUUAUCAAUCGACCACCGUUUGAAAUUUGGCUCCUUCCAGCUUUUCUUCGAACCACUUUCCGAUCAGCAGCCCCCGCAUACUCAUCGGAUAGAUGCGUUUGAUCCAUUCCUUCGCAAUAUUUUGGGGCUACCGGUUACGCGAACCCUAUACCUUAGCGACAACCGCAACAUCGAUCCGCCCUCGCCUCGUUUAUUUGCAAUCCAUUGCGCAAUCGGGCAUAUUUUGCACCUUUCGGGGGCGGGUAAUUACAUCGACCAGAUUUUUCGCGACGCCGAAGAAUACGGAAUACGGUCUGACGGAUCGACGCAGCUGGGGACUCUCCUUAGUCUGAAACUGAACUCGACUGAGUGCAUUGGCGUCCGGUCUUAAGAGGCCGGGGGAGGUUCUUUUGUCAGUGGCAGAAUGUUAUCACACCAGAUCUUGUGCCGGCUCUAGAAGGGGCAUGUGCGACACCAAUCAAAGCGCCGGGAUGCUGGGACCUGUGAGAUCAGUUUACCUCAUUUGGAGAAAUGGGAUAGAAAAGUAACAAGAACAGAAAAGUAAUAGGAAGAUGAAUAAAAGCAGUAAUAAGAACAGAAACACAGAUACGAGCAAAGAAUAGGAACUAAAACAAUGAGUUG